AUGCCGUCGACUAUGGAAACUCAGCCUGAUACAAAAAAGGUUAAGCAUCGGGUACGAGAAUCUGAAGACAAAUCGGAACUAAGAGAAGAACAGACAGACAGAAGGCCGGAAAAGGGAGAGGAGCAUUUUGACAAAGAAGAGGAAAAAAUACUGAAAGAAUUCGACUUUUACCAUGGUUUUCUUCCACGCGAGGACUUAUUCUUAUUGGUUAGACAUGUGGGCGACUAUUUGUUGCGUGUGAGUGAGGUCGACAACGAUCCUACCAAAAUACGGAGGGAAAUCAUAUUGUCUGUGUCUAUAGAUUGCCCAAAGCAAAGCAAAUCUGCCGCUAGUGAACGUCAAGAGCGUUCGCAUUCUCGUACAACACCGACAAAAAACGGAAACAAGAGAGGAAAGCUAAAAAACGUAAUCGUACGAAGAAGAAAAAGCAAAUAUCUUGUUGAAACAGAUCACCUCUUUGAUACUCUCCAUGAACUCUUAGAACACUACAAGCACAAUACAGGAAAACUAAAUAAGUUCAAAUUCGACCUGAAAAAUCCCAUCAAGCUACAGCCGUGGGAAUAUCUUCACUCAGAUGUGAAGCCGGGUGAUGUUCUUGGACAUGGCGCAUUCGGUGAAGUUCGAGCUGGAAGUUUGCACCUUAAAAGUGGAGAAAACAUUGAAAUAGCCAUCAAACUGACCAAAGGAUCUUCUGAUCUCUGCAAAGCCAAGAUCAAAGAAAUGAUGAAAGAAGCUCGACUAAUGCGUAAUUUCAAGCAUAAUAACAUCGUUCGUAUUUACGGUGUUGCUGUGGACGAGCAACCACUUUAUAUUUUGCUGGAACUCGUUACUGGAGGUGCGUUGAACUCAUGGUUAAAAGCAAACGCCGGCAAAGUGGAGGUAAAAGACAAACUCAGUAUGUGUCUUGGAGCUGCUCAAGCAGUUGAGUACCUUCAUGCGAAUCAUUGUAUGCACAGAGACUUGGCUGCGCGAAACUGCCUUAUCACUCAAGAUCGAGUCGUGAAAAUCAGCGAUUUUGGGCUUUCGCGCAUGGGCGUACAGUAUACCAUACGUGCUGCUAUGAAACUUCCAAUCAAGUGGCUUGCACCGGAGACUAUCACAACGUUUACUUUUUCACUCAAAACCGAUGUCUUCAGCUUUGGAGUUGUAGUGUUCGAGAUUUUCUCAGAUGGCGAAGAACCCUGGACGGGAAAAACGAAUGCUGAAGUUAAAGUUGCUGUUACAAACGGUCAGUACGUGCAGAUGCCUCAAUGCUGCCCAGAUCCGCUUCGGAUAUUUAUUUCUCAACGAGUUUUCACCCAAGAUCCUUUACAACGAGCCAAUAUGCCCGAAGUAGUUGGAGUUUUCGAAAGAGCUCUGGCGUUAGCAAAUUCUCCGACGAAUGCCGAUAGUGGACAAAAACGAAUGAAGAAGCAAAAGUCAAUCUACCAACUUCUACUAAGUGAUACUCGACGCUUGGCUCACCCUUUUGCAAGUGCUUCGCGAGGAGAUUAAUGCAUGAGGUUUACGUCGUCAACAUGCUAUAUUUGCUUUUAAUCCAGUAUGAAGAAGACACGUGCACCUAAUCAAUUAUCUUGGUUAAAUCGAUAUCAGUUUCA